CUGUUACUGCUGGUGCUGCUUGUGUUGCUGGUACUCAUGCUGGUGUCCGGAUUGGACGCAAGAGACCAUGGCGCACGCCUAUGCAACCGAACCGAGUCGAGAUGUCGAGAAAGAGAAUCGCCGAGUCGCAGAAUCGAAGUCGAAUCGUGCCGUGUCGUAUCGUACUGUGUCGACGCGAGACGAGAGACGCGGACGUACCGGCACUGAGGAAAACUUCAACCGUCUCUCCGGAGAGAGAGACCGCGCUGGAGACCCAAAGGGAUGGGUCCCCACAUAAUAUACUUGGAGGGGGAUCUCUUAGUAUACCAUCUUUCGGAUAACUCCAACUAAGACAUUCAUUGAUCGUUCUCACGAUAGAUCUUUCUUCAAAAUCAUUCUUAACGAAUUAUUUCCUUAUGUAUUUUAUUAUCAUUUUUUAAAAUAUUUUGUUAAUUAAUACGAUGUUGUUUUCGUUAACUUUAUUGAAAUUCAAUACGCGUAAUCUUUUACCGCUUAGCAUACGUUCUUAUUAACAUUUCUACGAACUGAUCGUAUACAUAACCUGAUAUCCAUUCAACGACAACGACAUUAAUUUCAUCGUCUUCCGUUCGUAGCGCUAGCAGUUUUCAUUCGAUACAUCUCUUUCUUUCUCUCUUUCUACGUAACGUGCGUGAGUGAGAAUAUGUAUACUCAAAGUAUAUCGUGAUAGAAAAGAGUGGGAUCAUGAUAUACAUGGCCUUCAAUAGUUCUCGUGGCGCCAAGUGCAUCUCGAAUUUAAAUCGUUCAUACGAAAUGCGAAAUUUAUUUACUAUGUUUAAGAAACGAUAUGAUAUAAUUUUGAUCUAAACAUUGAUGUUGAUUUCGUUUGAGAUAAUCAUUUCUUUUUCUUUUUUUAUUAUAUGAUUUUAUCAUUAAUCAUAUAGAAAUAUCAUUCUUGGUUCGUUAUAAUAUCUUCGAGAAUGAAUUUUAUCUAUCCACUUUCAAAAGAUUUUUUUUCUUUUGCGGCACCAAAAUGGCUACUCGAUGCGGAAACCGCAGGCGCGUAAUUCGAAACUAUUGAACUACAUUUUCUACAGGUUAAUCACCGAAUACGAAGCUUCAAGCGGUUUGUAUACUCAUAUACGAGAUCUUUGUUGCUGUACGUCGGACGAACACAUUUAAAUAUUAUACAUCGAGUUUUAUGCUUGAUUUUUUGCACGACUAUUCUUCGAAUAACGAUGAAGGGAUAAAUUGAAAUAUUAAAAAAAUUGUACGUACCAAAAUACAAAGAUUCGCAAGACAAUCUGAAUCGGUCGACGUCAUGACCUUCUUACUUUAUGGAGGGGAGUAGAUGGUACGAUGACACGACGCCAUUAGUAGUACUCUCGUUGACGCGUGCAUUACUUUCAAUAUCAUAUCUCGAAUUAUUUCCUCAUUUGAGAAAUCGUUCAAUUAUUAUCUGUGAUUUUCUUCGAAGGAGAUGCGAAUAAAUCAAAUCGAAUCUUCGCGUUUCAAACGACGAAUCUAAGUGACCUGAAAAAAUUUAUUCUCAAUUAAAGAAGAGAAGUUAUCUGUAUCGCACGCGCUUUUACAUUCAUCAAAAUGACAGUUCUACAAUCCUGCUGGUCUCCGUGCAUUUGGACAAAUAAUGUUAAAACAGGAUCCAAAGUUAUUGCAUUUUAUACAAUGGCACUGAGCAUUAUAUUUAUUACUUUAAUAUGCUAUCAAAUGAACGGUGGAGAUUCUACGCAGUUGUACAAUCCUCUUUUUGAAGCAGAUAUUAGAGGAUCGAUGCAAGUUAUAGGAAGUUGUUUGAUUGUUUACUUUCUACUUCUUACUAUUUCUGCUGCUUUAAUGAUAUAUGGAAUACGCGAGGGUGUAAGAGGAUGGCUACUACCAUGGUUAAUACUGUGGUUCAUCAUUUGCGUUUUCCUCUUAGUAUUUGGAUUAUGGCUAUUAGGAGGAUAUUAUAUUUAUUUGGACUCUGUAUUUGCUACACUAUGUAUAUGGCUUUGGAUGUCAUAUAACAUUUACUGUUGGUUAGUCGUCUACUCCAUGUAUAAAGUAUUCGAAGAAUUACAGUCGCCUAAUAUUGAACUACUUUGGCCGUGAUAGGUAUAUUGCAAUAAUUUAUUAGUAAAAAAGUGCCUUUGACUACAUACUCAACACCAAAGUAAGCUGAAAUGCUCUACACCUACGUUGUGUUCUUUUUUACUUCGUUUGUGUCUAGUUUUAGGUGUUGUCUCAUGAUCUAUUUCAUAAGCCUUGCCAGAGUGCAAGAACGAUUAAUAAACCAUCCAUAAUAAUAAUAUGUUAUCUAUCGAAUAUUAUAGAUCUGAAAAUAGAUCUUUAAGAAAAUUAGAUUAAGAUUUAAAAAAUUUUUUAAAUGGCAGAAGUCUAAGAAGUUUAUAUUUCAUAUAUUUAAUACAAGUAGUACGAUUCGUAAGAGAAAUAUAAAGGCACAAUACAAUAACUGAUGGAAUAAAUGAGCUUGAUGAUAUAAAGUUUUUACGUAGCUGUUGUGUAUAUUGGAAAAGACUUCUGUGCAAGUAUUCAAGAAUAUGCACUUUUAUGUGCAGUUACGAGGUUCUUAUAUUUUUUAUAUGAGCUUUGAAAUACAAACGUUACUAACAUUAGUACAAGUAGAAUAUUUACAUAUUUAUAUGACAAUUAUUUACUUAUUUUCGUAAUUUUAUAUUUCUAUUAUACAUAUUUCUAUUUAACAUAUGUUGUAUAUACAUGUCGCUUUUUCUCAUUAUUUUCAAAUAAAAUCUUUUAUUAUAUAAAUAAUGUUCGAACAGUAUUAAUGUAGAUUUAUAGUGAUUAAUACGUAGUGAUUUAUAUUAUCUUAAUUAUAAUCUACACGAUGAAAUAAAAUAAAUAAAAAAAAAAUCAUAAUCGAAUAUAAAAACAAAUAUAUAAAAAUCAUGGUACAUAGUUCAAUACGUAUAAUAAUAUCGAUUAUCGAUAUAAUUGUUACCUUUAUCGAAAUAUCCGCAUAGUACAUUUAUAUUCGCAAGAUAUUAUUGUUGUAGCAAAAACUGACCGUUAUUAAAUGUUGGUGACCGUUCCAACUGUUCUUCAACAAACAUAAGGCGACUCACACUAUAUUUGCGAAGCUAAAAGCGUCAAGUAGUGGAAAAGAAAAUGUUUAAUUAUGUAUAUACGUAGAACUCGUAUAAAGUUCGACAUUGAAACAUGAAGAUGUUUAUAUAUUUUGAGAAGAUAUAUGUACUUAAGUUUAAAAAAACUAACUAGCAGAAUGAUAAAGUAUCGUUGGGUCUUUCCAACAUGUAGGUUAUAAUUUCUCUGGAAAUAUCGUUAAAGUCGAUUAAUUAUGUCAAAUAAGCUCUAAACUUCUUCAUUGAAUGAUAAAUGAGCGAAAAAAAAAUAAAUUGUAUUUUUUUUUCUUUUUGUGUUCGA